GGCGAGCAGCUCCAUCAGCAGAGUUUUCUGUGGACCGGACCCGUCACCUGAUGUCCUUCCUGACCAUGCUUGGGCCCAGCCCAGACUGGAAUGUGGGGCUGUCAGGAGAGGACCUCUGUACCAAAGAGUGUGGCUGGGUCCAAAGGCUGGUGACAGACCUCAUUCCCUGGGAUGCAGGCACUGACAGUGGUGUCACAUAUGAGUCACCAAACAAGCCCACCGUUCCUCAGGAGAAGAUCCGGCCCUUGACCAGUUUGGACCACCCCCAGAGCCCGUUCUACGACCCAGAGGGAGGGGCAAUUACACCCGUAGCCAAAGUGGUAGUGGAACGCAUUGCUAGAAAGGGAGAGCAAUGUAAUGUGGUCCCUGACACCAUAGACGACAUCGUAGCUGAUAUUGGACAGGAGGAGAAGGAGGAAGAUGACACACCGGAGACAUGUAUCUACUCAGGCUGGUCUCCCUGGUCAGCGUGUAGCAGCGCUACGUGUGAAAAAGGCCGCAGGAUGAGGCAGAGGAUGCUGAAGGCCCAGCUGGACCUCAGUGUGCCGUGCCCCCACACUCAAGAUUUUCAACCCUGCAUGGGACCGGGAUGCAGUAUGGAGGAGCCAUCAACGUGUAUGAUGUCGGAGUGGAUCAGCUGGUCGGCCUGCAGUGUGUCCUGUGGGAUGGGGAUGAGGUCUAGAGAGCGAUAUGUCAAGCAGUAUCCUGAGGACGGCUCGCUCUGCCAGCUCCACACUGAGGAGACGGACAAGUGCGUCGUCAACGAUGAAUGCUAUACCAUCCCUUGCAUGCUGUCACCCUGGUCUGAGUGGAGUGAGUGUAGUGUGACGUGUGGGCGGGGCGUACGGACUCGUCAGAGGAUGCUGAAGUCUGAUCCUGCAGAGUGCACCGAGGAGCUGGAGCAGACAGAGAAGUGCAUGCUGCCCGAGUGCCCUGUCGACUGCAUGAUGUCUGAGUGGUCUGAGUGGUCUGAGUGCAACAAGUCCUGCGGUAAAGGGCACACCAUUCGGACCCGUAUGAUCAAACUGGAGCCACAGUUCGGAGGCAGACCUUGUCCCGAGAGCAUCCAGAGGAAGAAAUGCAAGCUCAGGAAGUGCAAAAAAAGUUGCAAGAGGAAGCCGUGGACCAGCUGGACGGACUGUACCAAACCAUGUGGAGGGGGGAUCCAGGAACGUUCAAUGAUGGUGAAGAAAAGAGCUAAAGCCUCUCUGAUGGAGAGUUGUAAGAACCUGAAGGAGAUCCGUGCCUGUAACGUUCAUCCCUGCUAGGGGGCACUACUGAGCUACAGAGGAGGGGAACAGCGGGUUAAAUACGCAAUGUGUGAAAAUAUGGGUUUAUUUGUUAAAGAUGACGAUAGGGAUUAACUUUUUGUGUACAGGGAUGUGAGGUGAGGGUGAGAUGAUGGGUUAGUUUGAAAUUUUGGGAAAAGGAGAUGAGUUUAGGUAAGUCGGCUGGAGGGGAGAAGAAAGGAGGGAAAAAGCAGAAGAUGAUACUGUGCUGUUUAGUGAAGCCAUUGUAGGUAUUUAGUUAACAGGGCUGACUUUUACUUUAGAACACAAUGGAAGAAUUAGAGAGUUAUUUCUGUGUCCUGCAAAAAAUAAAAUCAGCUUUUCAGGGAUUGUAGAAGAAAGAAACUACAGUCGCUUUGCCAUUGAAACAUUUUUUGUGUAUUUUCAGUAGUUUUGGACGUUGGGGUAUGAAAUACGGUUAGGGAAGAGAUCCUGGUAUUUCCCCGGAAUCUGCUCAUAUUUUCUGAGAAAAAUACUCACAUCAUACACCCACCUCUGCUCUGGGGGAUUUUUGUUCCCUGACUUUAGCCUUAAAGGCAGGCAACUUAAGCAACUCUUAGAGCAGCACCAAGCCUGGGAAGAAGCGCAUUAAGGACAAACUCUGAGAACAAAAGUCCACUCCCUUGUUGUCAUUUCAUAAUCCAUGUACUUCAUGAUAUGGAGGAUUUUUGUUAAAACACUAGUAGCUUGCUAAGUGGGCACACACAACUACAAAUAUGAAGCAAACACAGCAAGGCGCAGUAUUAAACAGGAAAACAAUUUGACAGCGAGGACAUUCACAACAGUUAAGAGCUACAGGGAGAACAGCUCUAGAAAGAGACGAUGACACAAUGUUAGUUAACAGCGUUGCACCGGCGGCCACAGCACCUAUGGGUUGAUCAGUGGCGGAGGAAGUGUUCAGAUCUCCAUUACAAGUAAAAGUCCUGCGUUGAAUAAGGUACUUAAGUUGAAGUACAGAUGUAUUAUUAGCCAUUUGUACUUAAAGUAAUGUACAAAGUGCUGGAGCUAAUUUGAACAAUUUUAUAAUCCGUUGCUUCGUGUAAUCCAUAACAGAGCAUCAUAUUUUAUAAGCUCAGCAUACAGUAUGUUACACUGUUUCCCUCUGAGUAGUAGAGUAGAAGUAUGAAAUAGCAUGAAAUAAAAACACAUCAAGAUACCACUACAUCACUGGAAGCACCGUCCCCAACAUAAAGUGCAGAGCAACGUUCAAAAGUUGUACUAAUCAAACUUUGAACCCUUGUAUGAAAAAGUUUAAAAUGGCAACUGUCACCUAAUUGAGAAAAGGCAUAAGCUGAAGAUGUAGAAUUUUUUUUGCAAGACAUAGAUGCUCAUACAGGAAGUCUUUAAAGACUUGUGGAUGUACUGUAUAUCUAACCACAACACUUAUAAUGACACUACUAUGUAAGUACUAAAAACCACUUUCCCUAAUAAACAGACAUUUAAAUGGAGAUGUUUUAUACUGUUAAGAGUAGUCUUUAUAUACUGUACUGCUGUUUAUUUGUCGUUUCAGCUGAUGUAGCAUUAAACCUGCGAUAGCUCUCGCUCUGUCAGAAGAUCUUACUUUAGCAUGUGCAAAGAUGAUUCUUUUUGAUUGGACAUUUCGCUUUCUCUGCCGUAGAUGUUGUCUUAAAACAGAUAGCUAAAUGACUGUAUUUGCCUUUGUUGGUUCAGAGAGUUUGCUGCAAAAGAGGUUGAUGGAAAACAUUGCAGAGAUUUCCACAGUAUUACAAACUGUAAACUGACAGCUCAGCAUACAGAAGACUGUUACUGGGGGCCUUGGUUACAACACACUGUUUUUAUGUAUUGUUUUCAUUGCACUUUUCAUAGUGUUACCUUGAUGAGUGUGAUCUGUAUAAUCUUUUUUUAAUAUUACCUAGCAGAUUGUGUUGCAGUUUUCUUUUCUGUUAUAAUAAGAAUGUCAUCACCAAAGGAUUUUCUGUAGAUUUGUUUCUUUCUUUGUCUCUGUAUCACAUGGCAAUUUUCUAAGAAACCACCUUUACAAUAAAAAAUGUAACUGUGAAAAUCA